GUUAUGUAUUAUUGAACACCAACAAACCAUCCAAUCUCCAAUUAUUGAUACUGAGAGAGAGAUCUGUUCUACUUGAAUUAUAGAUAUGAACUCCUCAAGAAUUAGUCUGCGUCCAUUUAAGUUAUCGGACGUCGACGAUAUGAUGUUAUGGGCAGGCGAUGAUCGCGUAACUCAAACCAUCCGAUGGGAUACUUUGACCUCAAAAGAAGAGGCAUUGACCUUCAUCAAGGAUGUAUGUAUACCCCACCCUUGGCGUCGAUCUAUAUGCAUCGAUGACCGUUCCAUUGGAUUUGUAUCUGUAUUCCCAGGAUCAGGUGACGAUAGAAGUCGAGCUGAUGUCGGAUAUGCUGUUGCUUUUGAGUAUUGGGGGCAAGGGAUUGGUACUGAAGCACUCAAAUUGACGAUCCCUCAAGUGUACAGUGAGUUUUCUGAAGUAAUGAGGCUUCAGGCAUUAGUUGAUGUUGAGAACAAGGCAUCCCAAAGGGUACUGGAGAAGGUGGGUUUCAUCAAGGAGGGAAAAUUGAGAAAAUAUGGAUAUCACAAGGGGAAAUUAGUGGAUCUGUUCAUGUACAGUCUCUUAUCCACUGAAUCGAUUUACUGAUACCACUGGCGCAAUUCUUUCUUAGCACAUGUAAUUGGAAAUUAGUCAUCGUUCCAGGUUGUUUUCACUGAAACUCCGGGGGACAAUGGCUAUUUUGAGAUGAACUUUCUAUCAAAUUUAUGAAUUCUUGGAGAGAUAA